AUGAUUGAAUUAGAUGAUGAGUUGGAAGUAAAACUAAGGUUGGAAGAAGUAGUAGAUGAUGAUACAAUGGGGGAUGGAGGAGAACUGUCUGUUCAAACCAUAAAUGGUACUGCAAGUAAUUCUACUAUAAAGAUCGUGGGACAAAUCAAGAAGAGAAAAGUAAUAAUACUUAUCGAUAGUGGCAGUACUCUGUCCUUUAUUGAUGAAGAGACCACUCAACAAUUGGGAUGUGAACUUAUAGAAGAUAAUCCACUAACGGUAACAAUUGCAUGGGGAGGAGUUCUACAAUUGAAUGAAAUAACAAUUAAAGACAAGUAUCCAAUACCUGCAAUAGAUGAGCUGUUGGAUGAACUACAUGGAGCAACAAUCUUCACAAAGCUGGAUUUACGAGCAGGUUACCAUCAAAUACGAGUUCGUGAGGAAGAUGUACAUAAAACUACUUUCAGGACGCAUUCAGGGUUGUAUGAAUUCCGAGUUAUAUCUUUUGGAUUAUCUAAUGCACCUGCAAAUUUUCAAGCACUCAUGAACAAAAUUUUCCGAAAAUAG